CACAGUUGUUCUGAGCUACCAGGAAAGGGAGGAAGUAAGUCUGAGAUUUCACAAACUCAGCUUUCAGAAGAGGCAGAAUCAAAAUGAGCUGCGAUGCUGAGGUAUUUCAGAAGGAGACACGGCAGUGAGAGAGAGAAAGCAUGGACACGGAGGGAACUGGAGACUUCCAAGCACUUCGAGCAAAAUUUCAAAAUGAUUCCAAUGUUUCUAGUGCUUUGCUGAGAUCUACAAAGAUCUCUUCUGCAGGUAUCAUUCCAUGGCAAAGUACCAACACUGGUUCUCUGACCAAACCAAAGCCCUUGUGCCGAGUACAUGUUCCAAUUCCUGAGCAAAAGACUGGGUGGCCCAUGUCACAUCAGUCUGAAAAAGUACAAGAAAAGCCUAUAGCGAUGCCAAGGAUUAGACUUCAUGAAUUGUCUGAAGUUCACAAGAUUGAAAAUAAAAAAGGCAGAGAUUUGCCAGAGACUUUUAGUGCAGAGGCUACACCUGUGAAAGAUUUGCCAAAACAGCCGCUGACCUCUUGUUUUCAUUCUGGAGAAGAUCCAGUGCCAAAUAGUUCUUUCCACCACACCCUUCAUAUCUGGGAAAAUGCUUUAUCUUGUAAUGACCAAAAGUGUUCUACACUACCAUCACAAUGUGCAAAUAAAACCUCAUCCAUUGCACAACCGAAGAGUGAUAAUGUUCCUGUCUCUGAAGAUGAAACAGCAAAAAUCAGUGGACAUAAGCAAGGACUGGUAUUUGCUGCAUCAGUGAAUCCUCCCUACCUACAUAGUGAAGCUGUUCCAUUUUCAUUCAUCUCACCACCUGUUCCCCCAAGAAGUCAUACAAGUUUGGAGAAGAGAGCACAUGAAGGCAUUAAUGCUACUGGUUCCACCCCAAAUAUUUUUGACUCUGAGAUGCCAAGUAAGAUCAUUCAUUGUUUAAAUGAAGGACACCAUCAUCUCAAAGAAGUCAAGGUUCCAAAGAACAAACCUCUUCCUUCCAUUGUGUCACUUGGUCCUCCUCCAAAGAAACCACCAAGGCCUCCUAAGGUAGAUCUCAGGGCCUUCUAUCAGAAGCUGCUAGAUGCUGAAGAUGAUGAGUAUCUUACUCCUGAAAAUUCUAAAACUGGAGAAGAGAAUACUUAUGAGGAAACUGUAUCUUACCUAAAACAGCCAGAAAAUUCCUCUAGCUCAGAUAUUACUCAAGAAAGCACACAUUCUUCCAAGACUGUAAAAAUGGAAACUAUCAAGAAACAUUUUCUCACUGCCACACAUAGCACUGAAACAGAAGAUGAACAAGAGAGAAGAGAAUUCUGGAAUAAUGAAUCAUCAAAACAACAAGCAGCUAAAGAAAGAUUCAAGACUGGUGACAAUGGAGAUAUACAUGCAAAAGAAGGAAUGAAUGCAGAGAGUUUUGGUGGGAGAAACAUGCUUCAAAAGGGAAAAGCACAAAGUUCUAUGGAGCAAUUCAUAGAAAAGGAUAGAAAUUUUUCAGAUGGGUAUGUGUGCCUGGAAGCUUUGAAAAUCAAUGAAGAUCAAGCAGUUCUGGAUCCCAAGGCUUCCAGACAACAGCAAGCUCUGGAGGAAUUGUAUGAUGAUGUAGAAGGACUAGAAAGAGCAUUUCAAGCCUCUGAUACCUUCAGCUCAUUUACUUCUGACAAUGUUCCAGAUAGUACCUUUGAAGAAAUGUAUGAGGAUGUUCAAAGUGAAGAUUAUAAACCAACAAAAUUGGACAGUGACAAAGUAGAAAAACCAAAGAAAUUUGGAAAAUUGUUCAAGAAAGAAAAGUUUAAAAUGAAGAAUGUUCAGCUGAAAGAAAACAUGUGUUUUUCCUCCUGCAGCAAUAUCUCCAGUUCUGUGCCAAAUUUAGAUGUUGUGACCCAGGAAAACAUGGUGUAUGACGAUGUCAACAUGGAAGAAAAUGAUACAAAAGAGAAGAAUGAGAUGCACAAAAACUGGAAGUUAAGAUUUCUCGUGUCAAAAGAAAAAGAUCGAUGGAGAAACAGCGAAGAUGGUGAAAUUAGCCUGACUCCCAGAAACUUAUUCAAAGUCAAGAAAUACCAUGUUGGAAAGCAUAACAAGAUGUCAAAAGAAGAAAAAUUAUUUAGAGAGAAGUUUGCGUAUACAAAGGAAAUCACAGUAAUAAAAACUGCAGUUGCAUAUUGUUCAAAUACUUUAACCAAAAGAAAACUCGAUUUACGAAUUACAGCUGGAGAACAACUUGAAGUCAUUGAUAUUGCUGAAGGGAACCAGUUAAUUUGUCGGAAUUCUGAAGGCAUGUAUGGAUAUGUGCUAUUGGAACACUUGAAUUUCAGUCAUUAAUGUUUUCUACCUGAAGCACAUCUCAUAUCUAUCUGUGUGGAACUACGUAGGAGGCAAAUCCUGAAAAUAAACAACCAUGAGAAGCUUCUUCACUUGAUGUGCAAUAGGACUGAAUGCUAACAUUUAAGCUGCCACUAAAUGCUAUGUUCUUUGAAUUCUUCAGUAACUCAACUAUCUCUGUCUGGAAGGACCAUUAACUAUGGAAUUGAGUUCAAGUGCUUUUAAAUAUUACCAGUUCUUCAAACUUCUACAUUAUAUGCAGCUUGAUAAACUUCUACAUAGAGGCUAGUAUUUAAUUCCCCAUGUACAUAGCCAAAGUAAUUUUGCAUGCAGAGAAUUCAACACAAAGUUUUAGCCAACCACAUGUAUAGCUCUUCAUGUAUGUCAUGCUAUACUGAACAAUCCUCUGAACUUUUCUGGGUUUGGGGUGGCUGCUAUCAUGAGGGAAACCAGAAAAAUCAGCAUGAACUUGUAGAAACCAUUUUGUAGUUUUUUGUAUCACAGCAUCCAAUUUAAUAUGUACAAAGCUUUGUCAUGUUCAUGUAACUCUAUUUAAUCACAAAUGUAUGAUAAGCUUGUGCAAAUCAAUACUGGAAGUCUUGUGUUAAAUUUGAAACUACUUUUGAAUCCAGAUGUAAACAGAAUCAUAAAGUGGCAUUUACUCAUUUUCAAGACAUAGACCUAAAUGUACAUUCUGAAUACAAAUCAGUAGAUCAGCACUGUUUCUAGUUUGCCUUUUUAUCUUAUGUAACAAGUUUUAAAAAUCAUGAAGGAUUUUGAAUGUAGUUCCAGUCAACUUCAGAAGAAGUUAAUAGAAAGAAAUUAGUCUAGAACAGAAGCUGGUGAGGAAAUGGUUUUUUCCAGACUUUUAAGAUUUGAACCUCAAUUUUGGGACACAAGUGAUAGCUCUUGUGGCGACCACAUCAAUGAUGAUCUGAGUCCAUUGUGGAAGCUUAAUGUGAUCCUCUUUAUCUCUGAAAAACUGCAGUAAAACUAGUGCAUGGGGAAAUGUCCAAGAAGCACCUCUCCCAAAGAUAACAAUAAGCACAAGUAUCUGUUGCAUUAACAGUGAACAACAAAUACCAAAACUAGUCAAUCAUCGUUAGAAAAUAUUAUUUCCUAAUGAACAUUUUGUCUCAGAAAUGACAGUCAUCAAACAUAACGGGGGGGGGGGAUUUCAAUAAAAAAGAAUUCUGAAUAAAUACUUGAGAUUUUACGAACAUGUAUUCUUGUUACCAGUCCAACAUGUAGUUGGUUAAGUAUGUUCAUGUACAUGCUUGCUUUCAAUAGCAUUUAGCCUUGCAAAAGAUUUGUGAAGUUAUUAUAUAAUGAAUUCAGGGGCUUUUAUGAUCUCAUGAAGAAAUAGUAUAUAAUACAGAACAACUGGUGAUUAAUGAGAAGAAAUGUGCAUUUGUAUCCAAUUAGCCAUUAACUGCUUUAUAAUAGAUACUCCAGCUUCCCUUAUUUUUAAUGGGAUGCUCUUAACGUUAACGAUGAGUAAUUCAAAAUAUUUCCUUAAAGGUGAUGUUAAACUGGCAUUUGUUGUAUCAAUGACAUUUUCGAGUGUUUUUAAAGCGGAAGUUUCAGAAAAGAGACAUAAUUACAUGGCCGAAUGAAAAUUGUUGCCUUGUGUUGUCCUCCCUUUCAACUCAUGUUCUGAGUGCAUGUGACUUGGAUUUGGGCACUAUAAGGUUAUAGUUGACAUAACUGCCACCAUGUGACUUAUUAACAUUUUUUUGCUAUUUAAAGUCAGUACCCUGGAAAUUCUCACUUCAUCUUUCUGCACUGCCUGUAGCUUACAACCUUGCCUCCAUACCCUUGAAACUUGAAUCCAUGCCUGUGUGUGUGUGUGUGUGUGUGUGUGUGUGUGUGUGUGUGUGUGUGUGUGUGUGUAAAAGUGUCGAAAAUGUAAAAUCAAAUUGGUAGCCAAAGCAUUUGAAAUGUUGUAAUCUCUUUAUUUUUGAUGAACAAAUAUUAAUAAAACAACCAGCACAUACAGUGUAAAAUAAACCUUUUCAACACAAAUAUGUAAA